AUGGAGAACCGGCCCCACACUGAACACAAGAUUCCUCCCUUUGUGGCAGGGGCCGUGUUGGAGCUACAGGCUCUUCUGGGGCUCCUGGGGAUGGGCUCUGGCUUGCUGCAUGACCAAGGGGAACUGAGCUGUGAACUGCCGUGGCCCCCGGAGACAACAGUGGAACUGAGUUGUGGGGCAGGGCCACUGCAAGUGAUCCUGGGCCCAGAGCAAGCUGCAGUGCUGGACUGCGGUCUGGGGGCUUCCGGACCCCCCACCAGCAUCACGUGGAGCAAGGAUGGAGGCUCUCUGCCUGAGCACGACCACCUGCGCCUGCUACCAAAUGGCUCCUUAUGGCUGUCUCAGCCGCUAGCACCUGAUAGCAGUGAGGAGGCCAGCCCUGGGAACUCAGAGCUCAUUGAGGGCAACUAUUCCUGCCUGGCCCAUGGCCCCCUUGGAGCGGUGGCCAGCCAGGCCGCAGUGGUCAAGCUCGCCACACUCGCAGGCUUCUCUCUGCACCCGGAGUCUCAGGUGGUGGAGGAGAACGGGACUGCUCGGUUUGAAUGCCACAUUGAAGGGCUGCCAGCACCUGUCAUUACUUGGGAGAAGGACCAAGGGCCGGUGCCCGAGGAGCCUCGGCUCAUCAUUCUUCCCAACGGGGUCCUCCAGAUCCUGGACAUUCAGGAGAGUGACACAGGCUCCUACCGCUGCGUGGCCACCAACUCAGUCCGCCAGCGCUUCAGCCAGGAGGCCCUACUCAGUGUGGCCCCCAGAGGGUCCCUGGCGUCCACCAGGGGGCAGGACGUGGUCAUCGUGGCAGCUCCGGAGAACACCACAGUGGUUUCUGGCCAGAGCGUGGUGAUGGAAUGCGUGGCCUCAGCUGACCCCACCCCUUUCGUGUCCUGGGUCCGACAGGACGGGAAGCCCAUCUCCACGGAUGUCAUCGUCCUGGGCCGCACCAACUUGCUAAUCAGCAGCGCGCAGCCCCGACACUCGGGCGUCUACGUCUGCCGCGCUAACAAGCCCCGCACGCGCGACUUCGCCACGGCCGCCGCCGAGCUCCGCGUGCUGGCGGCCCCUGCCAUCUCGCAGGCGCCCGAGGCGCUGUCGCGGACGCGGGCGAGCACGGCGCGCUUCGUGUGUCGAGCGGCCGGGGAGCCCAGGCCCGCGCUGCGCUGGCUGCACGACGGGGCGCCGCUGCGGCCCAACGGGCGCGUCAAGGUGCAGGGCGGCGGCGGCAGCCUGGUCAUCACGCAGAUCGGCCUGCAGGACGCCGGCUACUACCAGUGCGUGGCGGAGAACAGCGCGGGCACCGCGUGCGCCGCCGCGCCCCUGGCCGUCGUGGUGCGCGAGGGGCUGCCCAGCGCCCCCACGCGGGUCACGGCCACGCCGCUGAGCAGCUCCACCGUGCUCGUGGCCUGGGAGCGGCCCGAGCUGCACAGCGAGCAGAUCAUUGGCUUCUCCCUCCACUACCAGAAGGCACGCGGUAUGGACAAUGUGGAAUACCAGUUUGCAGUGAACAAUGAUACCACAGAGCUGCAGGUUCGAGACCUGGAACCCAACACCGAUUAUGAGUUCUACGUGGUGGCCUACUCCCAGCUGGGGGCCAGCCGCACCUCUACCCCAGCACUGGUCCACACACUGGAUGAUGUCCCCAGUGCAGCACCCCAGCUCUCCCUGUCCAGCCCCAACCCCUUGGACAUCAGGGUGGCGUGGCUGCCCCUGCCUCCCAGCCUGAGCAAUGGGCAGGUGGUGAAGUACAAGAUAGAGUACGGUUUGGGAAAGGAAGAUCAGGUUUUCUCCACCGAGGUGCCUGGGAAUGAAACACAGUUUACGCUGAGUUCGCUUCAGCCCAACAAAGUGUAUCGAGUACGGAUUUCGGCUGGCACAGGGGCUGGCUAUGGGACGCCCUCCCAGUGGAUGCAGCACAGGACGCCCAGUAUGCACAACCAGAGCCACGUCCCUUUUGCCCCUGCAGAGUUGAAGGUGCGGGCAAGAAUGGAGUCCCUGGUCGUGUCGUGGCAGCCUCCCCCUCACCCUGCCCAGAUCUCUGGCUACAAACUGUACUGGCGGGAGGUGGGAGCCGAGGAGGAGGAAGCCAAUGGUGAGAGUCCCCCAGGGGGCCGUGGAGACCAGGCUUGGGAUGUGGGGCCUGUCCGGCUCAAGAAGAAAGUGAAGCAGUAUGAGUUGACCCAGCUAGCCCCUGGCCGGCUGUAUGAGGUGAAGCUUGUGGCAUUCAACAAACAUGAGGACGGCUACGCAGCGGUGUGGAAGGGCAAGACAGAAAAAGCUCCCACGCCAGACUUGCCCAUCCAGAGGGGACCACCCUUGCCCCCCGCCCACGUCCAUGCGGAAUCAAACAGCUCCACAUCCAUUUGGCUUCGGUGGAAAAAGCCAGACUUCACCACGGUCAAGAUUGUAAACUAUACUGUGCGCUUCAGCCCCUGGGGGCUCAGGAAUGCCUCCCUGGUCACCUAUUAUACCAGUUCUGGAGAAGACAUCCUCAUUGGUGGGCUGAAGCCGUUCACCAAAUAUGAGUUUGCAGUACAGUCCCACGGAGUGGACAUGGACGGGCCUUUCGGCUCCGUGGUGGAGCGCUCCACCCUGCCUGACCGGCCCUCAACGCCCCCAUCCGACCUGCGCCUGAGCCCCCUGACGCCAUCCACCGUUCGGCUGCACUGGUGUCCCCCGACGGAGCCCAAUGGCGAGAUCGUGGAAUAUCUGAUUCUAUACAGCAACAACCACACCCAGCCCGAGCACCAGUGGACCCUGCUCACCACGGAGGGAAACAUCUUCAGUGCUGAGGUACACGGCCUUGAGAGUGACACGAGGUACUUCUUCAAGAUGGGGGCACGCACAGAAGUGGGGCCUGGGCCCUUCUCUGGUCUGCAGGAUGUGAUCACUCUCCAGGAGAAGCUCUCAGACUCCUUGGAUGUGCACUCAGUCACAGGCAUCAUUGUGGGUGUCUGCCUGGGCCUCCUCUGCCUCCUGGCCUGCAUGUGUGCCGGCCUGCGCCGCAGCCCCCACAGAGAAGCCCUCCCGGGCCUGUCCUCUACGGCCAAUGCUGGGAACCCUGCACUGUACUCUAGAGCCCGCCUUGGGCCCCCCAGCCCCCCAGCUGCCCAUGAACUGGAGUCCCUUGUGCACCCCCGUCCCCAGGACUGGUCUCCACCGCCCUCAGACAUCGAGGACAGGGCUGAAGUGCACAGCCUUAUGGGUGGCGGUGCUUCAGACUGCCGGGGUCACUCCAAGAGAAAGAUCUCCUGGGCUCAGCCAGGUGGGCCAAGCUGGGCAGGUUCCUGGGCUGGCUGUGAGCUGCCCCAAGCAGGCACCAUGCCUUCUCUGACCCGGGCCCUGCUGCCCCCUGCUGGAACUGGGCAGACACUGUUGCUGCAGGCUCUGGUGUAUGACGCCAUAAAGGGCAAUGGUAGGAAGAAGCCACCCCCAGCCUGCAGGAACCAGGUGGAGGCUGAAGUCAUUGUCCACUCUGACUUUAGUGCAUCCGAAGGGAACCCUGACCUCCACCUCCAGGACCUGGAACUUGAGGAUCCCCUGUCUUCGGAGGCUCCUGACCUCACUUCGAGUGUCGUGGAUCUAGGGCAAGGGGUAGACUGGCUGGACAGGGAGCUGGGAGGGUGUGAGCAGGCAACCACGGGGCCAGACAGACUUACCUGCCUGCCAGAGGCAGCCAACGCUUCUUAUCCGUACCCAGACCUCCAACCUAGUGAGGCUCUGGAGGAGACCCCUGGGAACAGCUGCCAGCCAAAGGCCCCCUGCCCUCUAGGAACCAGCCCAAGCCUGCCCAGAGCCCCAGUCUCCUCCUCUGCCUAGCUCCCCUACAGGGUGCAGUUUGGGGCAGGCUGGUUUCCCCAAGUCCGGGGCUGGCCCGCGGGCAGGGGGUACCGGGCAGCAGCCCGGGACGGCGCCUGCCGCUCGAGCCACAGUUCAAAGCGCAGGGGGCGCGUCCGCCGCUCAGCCGGGAAUGCAGGCAUGUGGCCCCAGCCCGCCGCCGCCCGGGCUCGGCCCCGGCCGGAGCCCCGGCCCCGGCCCCGGCGCCGGCCCCGCGGGACGCUGUGA